CUAAAGAGGGGUGAGCGCACAGAAGUGCACUCAGACCAUCAGGUCUCUGUGUCCUCCUCACACCGCGGAUCCCCUCCCGCUAUGAGACCGCCCCGAUACCUCCCCGGCCGCUGACACAGGAAGGAGCGGGGGGCAGUAUGGCAGAGCGGCUCAUCAGCUCCUUCGGAAAUCUGCGCCUGGACGAGCGGCGCCCCCACCGGCAGCCGCAGCACAGACCCCCGGCUCAGCCCCGCCACAGUCCCGCUCCUCCGCCCUCCAGGUUCACCAGGCACAUCUACCUGCUGCGGGGGCUGCCGGGCUCCGGGAAGAGCAGCCUGGCCAGGAAGCUGAAGAGGGAUUUUCCCAGCGCGGUUGUGUUUAGCACCGAUGACUAUUUCUUAAUGGAAGAUGGGACCUACAUCUACGAUCCUGAUCUACUGCAAGAUGCUCACAAGUGGAAUCAGAAGAGAGCACGCAAAGCAAUGACCAGAGGGAGGACUCCGAUUAUCAUAGAUAACACCAACAUUGUGGCCUGGCAUAUGAAGCCUUAUGCAGCCAUGGCCCUUGAGAACGGAUAUGGAGUUAUAUUCCUGGAACCGAACACACACUGGAAGUUCAAUGUACGAGAGCUAGCCAGAAGGAAUAGCCACGGAGUCCCCAGAGAAAAGAUCCAACACAUGAAAGACGCUUAUCAGCACAAUGUCACCUUCCAAAUGGUCCUCCGUGCAGAAAAGCCAAACUAAAACAUGAUGCAGAGGAGAAACGGAAGAAAGAGGCAAAGCAACAUCACCCUAAGGAAAUCCCAUAUUAAAUGGCCCUUAACAUCCACAAAAAGCAGGAGGCUGGGUGUCCUAGCCAGGUAGUACUGACCCCCAACAAGCGCUCAUUCCUGCUCACCAGACCUGGAGGUAGGUAUUCAUAGGUCUUACAUUACUCUCUACGGCUCAGGAGCUCCCAUGGGGAAAGCCUGGGGUCCAGAGAUUUCCACUUUUGAACUUCAUACACAUUGGCCCAGGUUUACUUGUGUGUUUGGGCCUCGGAUCGGUCUAGUAAGUGGCACAACUAGGGUCUCUACACCCUGCACCCCAUUUGCUAUCCAGCCUCAGCUACUGUGAUAAAUCCAAGUUUACACCUACAGCAUUAGUAAGUCUGAGCCAUUAUAGGUGUCCAUCAUUAAAGGGUAUUUCCAUCUCAGCAUUUAUGGCAUUAUCCACAGGAUACACCAUAAAUGUCUAAUAGCUGUGGGUCCCAUCUCUGGAACCUGUACUUAUCUUGAGAACGGGGCCUAGUCUUGCCGCCACUAUGAAUGGCUUAUGGCAUAUCCUGUGGGAAUAGGAAUACUCCUUUAACUUUACUAUAAGCGGGCAGUAACUUACAUUCCAUUACUUUACUAUUCCUUUGUGAUUUCAUUGCUUAAAGGGGUAUUCCCAUCUGGGACUUAUAUGGCAUGUUCAGUGGAUAUGCCACACAAGUCCAACAGAUGUGGGUGUCACCUCUGGGACCCCCAUCUAUCUUGAAGAAGUCCCGUUUGUAGACUGCAGUGUACGUCGAGGUGGCUGCGUAUGCGCGGGGUCUCUCCAUUCUCUUCCAUUACAUUUCCAAGUACUGCGGAGCAUAGUGGCAUUCCUGGGAUAACCCCUUUAAACACAGAAAAGACCAAAAACAAUCAGGGCUGUGGGUCUGUUUUGAGCAGUCGGAGUUGGUUGAAAUGUAAAAACUCCAACCCUCACAGCCCUGGGAACACUUAUGUACACAUACACAGGGACAUGCUUAUAGAUGAAAACAGGUUGUUUUUUUAUAGCAUUUUUUUUAAUGAUUUUUUUUGUUCACAUGCGUUUGA